UGAAGCCAUACUAUUUUAUAGCAUUUCAUGGAGAUCAGUAAAGAUAUUAUGAACCAAGAAGAACUGUGGAAAAUGAAGCCUAAGAAAAAUCUGGAAGAUGACAGUUACACGACUAAGGACACGGGAGAGACCGGCGUGCUGCAAAGACCUGUGCUGUUGCAUUUGCAGCACGCAGUCCAUGUUGAUGCAUCUGACGGCCCCUCCGAGCUUCCACACAUGCAGGAAUUCUUUCCAAACUGGCGCUUGCCCAUGAAAAUUGCUGCCAUUAUAUCAUCUCUGACCUUCUUGUACACUGUUCUGAGGGAAAUCAUUUAUCCAUUAGUGACUUCCCGUGAGCAAUAUUUUUAUAAAAUUCCAAUUCUGGUCAUUAACAAAGUCUUGCCAAUGGCCUCCAUCACCCUCUUGGCCUUGGUUUAUUUGCCAGGAGAGAUAGCAGCCUUUGUACAACUUCGAAAUGGAACCAAGUACAAGAAAUUCCCGCCAUGGUUAGAUAGGUGGAUGUUGGCAAGGAAACAGUUCGGGCUCCUCAGCUUCUUUUUUGCCGUGCUGCACGCGCUUUAUAGUCUCUCUUACCCGAUGAGACGGUCCUACAGGUACAAGCUGCUCAACUGGGCAUACAAACAGGUUCAACAAAACAAAGAAGAUGCCUGGAUUGAGCAUGAUGUCUGGAGAAUGGAGAUUUAUGUGUCCCUCGGGAUCAUGGGACUGGCCAUCCUGGCUCUCCUGGCUGUGACAUCAAUUCCAUCUGUGAGUGACUCUCUAACAUGGAGAGAAUUUCACUAUAUUCAGAGCAAAUUAGGAAUUGUCUCACUUCUUCUGGGCACAGUGCACGCUUUGAUUUUUGCCUGGAAUAAAUGGGUAGAUAUCAAUCAGUUUGUUUGGUACAUGCCUCCGACUUUUAUGAUAGCUAUUUUCCUUCCAAUUGUUGUCCUGCUAUGUAAAAUGGCACUGCUCCUGCCCUGCUUGAGGAAGAAGAUAUUGAAGAUUAGAUGUGGCUGGGAAGAUGUCAGCAAGAUAAACAGGACUGAGAUGGCCUCUAAGUUGUAG